UUCUGAAUGAGGGGUGCGGGGUGUGCAGUUGUAGCUGGGAGUUAGUGGAGUCAGGAAGUAAGUUUGACUUUCUGUCGAGAGGAGACUGGCGGUUAAGCGCUGAGCAGCGCCGCGAUAAACCAUAGUUUUCGGUGUUGACGAGAAAAAAAGAGGGCACCUGAAGAAAACAAUAAGUCACCAAAAGGAGAACUGUUUGUUAAAAAAAUAAUCUAGUACCGGCACUGUUUACAACUUGAGUCGUCUCUAAACGGAAGGAUUUGAUGCUUCAUUAUUUCUUCUAACACCAGUCCCUUCACCUAUUAAUAUCCUUUACUAGUAAAGCAUUCUCGCUGGGGUUACCCGACUUGUAGAUUCUCGGAGGAAAAUAGGAAACGAAGAUACGAAGAGUCGCCGAGGGUCUCGGAGCUACUAAGGUACCCUCCUCCCGCCACUCACGUCCACCACUUACAGCGGGCAACAUGCCGCGAGUCGUGCCUGAUCAGAGGAGCAAGUUUGAGAACGAGGAGUUCUUCAGAAAGCUGAGCAGAGAAUGCGAGAUAAAAUACACUGGUUUUAGAGAUCGCCCCCACGACGAAAGGCAAGCGAGGUUUCAAAACGCAUGCCGGGACGGCCGAUCGGAAAUAGCUUUUGUGGCAACUGGAACCAAUCUAUCUCUGCAAUUUUUUCCUGCAAACUUGCAUGGAGAACAGAGGCAAGUGCCAACGAGGGAGUAUGUGGAUUUUGAGAGAGAGACAGGAAAGGUCUAUCUCAAGGCCCCUAUGAUACUUAAUGGAGUCUGUGUUAUAUGGAAAGGAUGGAUUGAUUUGCAGAGACUUGAUGGUAUGGGGUGCCUGGAGUUUGAUGAUGAAAGAGCCCAGCAUGAAGAUGCAUUGGCACAGCAGGCUUUUGAAGAAGCUAGAAGGAGAACAAGAGACUUUGAGGACAGAGACAGGUCUCAUCGAGAAGAUUUGGAGGCAAGAAGGCAGACAGACCCUAGUCCAGGGACUAAUAUGACAGGUGGAGAUGACAUGAAGCUCCGCUAACCAAUGCCAAAGACAUCUUUUUUUGGGUCUUUGUUCAGGCAUUUUUAACAACCAGCAUUUAAUCCUAUUUGACAUGUUUACUGGAGGCCAAAAUCAAGAAGGCUUAUGGAGAGUAAUCAUCCUGUUCUUCCUGGUCAAUGGCUGGGAGCAGUCAGCACCUGCUGCCAGCAUUUUUGCACUAUGCUAAUGAUAAAAUUUAUACAUUAAUUAGUGUAUGCAUAUAGCUAUAUUUGAUCCUUUGUAAGCAUUAUUCCUAUGCAAGUGCCCUGCCCCCCAAAAAUUUGCCCUUCUUGUCAUGUAAAGCUUUGUGUUGUAGUCAGUUUUAGCAUUUUAGUUACAGGACGAUUUAUAUUUUAUAUAGGUCAAAUACGUUUCUAAUUAUGAGAUUAUAGUGUUCUGUGUCAGCUUUGCCUUUUAAACAAGCCUCUGUGUGGUUUAGCUUUUAACUUCUAAAUACUUUACGGUAUUUUUAUUCUUGUAUUCUAAGAUUCUGGUAUAUUUGUCAACUAAGACGGUUUAGUUUUUUUAUGUGGUGUAGCGGGUUGCCUCUGUAAACUAAAUGUAUUUAACUGUUUGCAUCAUGCAUUUAAAAAAAUGUAAAAUACUCAAAUUGGAUUUGCUCAAUCAUUACAAAUUCUAUAUUUUUUUUUACACACACACACACACACACACACACACACAUAUAUAUAUAUAUAUAUAUAUAUAUAUAUACUGAUGUAUCUCCUGUGUUGGACUUGUAGCCUGUUUCAGAAUGGUCUUUUGUAAAAUGUGUAUUUCGGUAAAUAUAAAAGGAAAAAAAUGAAAUACACCAGGUUUAUCAUUAAUAUGACAAUUUACAAAUUUUAAUUUGCAUUUCUGUAUACUGGGAGUUUCUAGUACAUGCAGUGUUAAAGUGGAUGCUCUGUUAAAUCAUGCUUCUAACAAACAACUUUUUCUGCAGUGGGGGCUUUGAACUUUCACAUACUGUACUUUAACAAAGGUGUUUUUAUAAUAAAGACAUUUACUGAUACAACAUAGCUGAUAUUUUCAUCAUAAAGCUAUUUCCACCAGGAGAAUUUUAAUAGUUUACAUAGUGUACCUUAAGCAUGACAGACACCAAUAAUAACAGUGUUGACAUAAAAAAAAAUUGCCUGUACAUUUAGCAGCUAUUUUAGUUUAAUUAGAGCAGUUAUCCUCUGCCACUGUAUCCUUCAGAAUUGUAAUAUAAACAGGACUGCUCAAAGGUGUUUCCUGGAUUUUGUAUAAAUUUGUUUUAUCUGCCAAAAUAAAAUAUUUUAAAUGAUUUAUUUUGAUUUA